CGAGCUGAAAUUCCCCACAAAAAAAGGUCCAUUCCCCGAUUCCCCACGCUAACUGAAAAUUCCCAGCAAAUCGCGGAAUUCCCCUCGAGUUGGCGUCCCUGGUAUAUUUGUGUAUGUUUAAACAACGACGUGGACCGUGAAGAUCGGAGACGUCAUCGGUGUUCGUUUGUAAAGACGAUGUGUGUGCCAAGGAAAACAUAUAAUUUUCGACAACAUUGUUUUAAGUUGGUCUUGGAGUUGCCAUUGAAGUUGUCGCCGUAGCUGAUAGCUAACGUUUAUAGUUGUCGUUCGUUGUGCUUAUACAUAACUAUAAAAAGUUGUUACACGUUUACAACUCAAAAGAGUUUUAACGGUCAUUAGUUGUUGAUAAUCCGCGAAUAAAAAGUGCAAAUAAUUAUAAACAUUUUAUCAUUAUUACUGUAGACGGAUUACAUUUCCUUCAUGAUUGAUUCAGUUGAAUCGGUAACAAUCAAAUUUAAAAGCUCACAUACAUACAUACUACAUACAUAUAAUCAUACAAACGGAUAUAUGAUCGUAUAUGUACGUAUAGAUUGAUAUAUUUCGCGCGUCAAGCUGUAGAAGAAACAAUGAUGCUGAACAAAUAUCAGAAUUAUUUACAACACCAAAACCAACAUCAGCAGACUUUGCAACAGCAGCAACAAAGUUGCGGCGGUAUAGCCACAACCAUGGCAACCAGUGUUGGUUCAUCUGAAGCCGUUUCAACCGAUUAUGGCACAAAUGCUGCUAACAUUUCGAAAUUAGAGCGAGAAUCAAUACACUCAGGUCAAUUUAUGGUUUCUCACUUUGAAGCCGAAGAGGCGCAGGAAGAUGAUCUUGAAGAGGAUGACGAGGUAAAAAUGAUUGAUCCAGAAGAUCCCAGCCUUGCAAAAUCAGAGGAGGCGGUAAAUACUUGUACUGAUGUGCAGCGAUUUGUGCCACGCAAAAUAUCGCACAUUCAAGAGCCAGGCCAUGUAGGAUCCGUCGUAGCUUCGCAUUUGGAGAUCGAAACCUCACUCACAAAACUUUUUAAAUGCAUGAAUCUGGCUUACAGUCAAAAACUAACCUCCCCAAAAUGGAACCACUUCAAAGGAAUUCGCUUGCGUUGGAAGGAUAAAAUACGCUUGAACAAUGUAAUUUGGCGAUGCUGGCACAUGCAAUUCAUAUUAAAACGUAGGACACCGGUAUGCCAGUUCGCCUCACCGCUGGACGUUGACAUCCAUAGCAACCCACAGGCUGUUGUAUUAGAAGGCAAAUAUUGGAAACGUCAAACUACAGUCAUCAAAGCCGAAUAUAGGAAAUGGCGAAAGAAUUCUAAAUCCAAAACCGCUGGUUGUCUUACAUAUGAUACGAAAAGCGAAUUCGACUUCUUAGAAUGGUCUCCGCUGAAUGAUCGGUCACUAAUGCUACCCGACGAUUGGACAAAUGAUACGCUCUUUUCAUCCAUAAACGGACCGUUUCCGUUUCCAGAUCCCCGAGAGAUAGCGCGUGGUGCUGGUAUAGCCGAUUUCAUACAACCUGGUCUUGGCUCUCUGCAGCCUAAUAUUGAUGAUAUUGAUCUGACAAUUGAUGAACUGCUUCAACCGACACGUCUUCCACCCGUGCCUGAGGAGGGUUCUGAUGAAAUGCUUAAAAAUGCUGAAUACAACUUCUCAGCGAUCAUGGGCCCCGAGCAGCUAGACUCGAACAAUAUUGUUGGUGUUGUAAGCAACACUUCAAAUGAUCUACCUGUAAACGACGACGCCAAUAUGUUGGACUUGAAUGCACCGCUUGAUUCGCUACAAUUUCAGUCGGAGAUGGGACAACGUUACCCUGCUCCAAUAUCGCGAGAAAAUAGUAGCGGACAAUUAAUAAAUGCCUCAGGAACAAAUCAAUCGCAAACAAUAAAUUCUGUGGAUGCUAUAAUGGCUGAAGAGCGUUCUUCAACAGUGCCAAAUGAUGGUGUGGGAUCAUGUGCCCCUGUACCAUCAGCCUCGCCAUCAAUGCGAAUGCAUUCGAAACAUUUUCCGACUUCAAGCGAUGGAGCUUCGAGUAACAGAUCACCAAGCAAUGAAUUUCCGAGUAAAAGUGUGAUGAAAGGACGAAUUUCAAAAAAUUCCCAGAGGCCAUUUAGAAGGGAACCCCACAACUAUGACAAAGCUCAACCCACUUUGCAUCAGACUACGGUAUAUCAGCAAAUGCUGGCAGAGCAUCAAAAAAGCCAACAAAGCCAACAUCUUCAGCCAGCUUUACCUUGCACCCCUUUGCAGCACCAGACGGUGGCCUUUCAUCAGCAGCAUCAACAAAUGCAAACAUCGCCCACACAGUAUACAACGCCUGUAACAGUAAUAAGCGGCUCUGGUGAGGUUGCUAGUAGUACAGCGUAUGGUGGCUUUGGCAACGUUGAUAUCUCCCCUUCGACUGGAAGUGGUAUCAAUAUCAACAAUAAUUUGCUUAAUGUUUCGAUGGCAAAUGCAAAGCCCAAGGGCUAUGCCAUCAUACAGACAAACCCUAACUGCAUGCCCAACGCAACGCAAAUCAAUACCACCAAUUCAGCACAUACAGGCAACUCUUCGAUCCUUUUGCAGGCGGUGAAAACUGAACCACCGUCCACUGAUAUGCUAUCCAUGUAUAAUUUAAAUACUUCACCUGAGGUGUAUGCUGUCAACGCCAACUUAAGUAGCAACAACAGCUCAAACUCUUAUAAGCCCUAUCCAAGCGUGAGUAGUUUCAAAAAAUCUGCUUCCACUGGUGGCUAUAUAAACAUGCGCGUUAACACGAAUUCACCAUACAUGCACGAUCAGUCGUCUACUGCACAACACUUACAUCAACAAUCGCUGCCAUUGAAUUUAGGCUGUCAGGUGACUACGUUGCCAAGCCCUUUACAAUUACAGGUACAAGCACAAUGCCAAUUGUCGCCCUCGUCGUCUAGUCAUCAGCAUCAACAACCACAACAGCAGCAGCAGCAUCAAUCUACUCAGCAUAUUUUGUCCACGCAGCAACAUCAUAUGCAGCAACUCACUCAACAGCAACAGCCGGCAGUGGUUAAUAUGUUGCCUCGGGAGAUGUUUAGAUCGAACAGCUUACCACUGAAUGUGACACUUCAGAAACUAGAGUCACGUUCAAGUCACGAUAAUUUUGCUGUUCCAAAGUAUCAAGCUAAAAACAAUAAACCGCGCUCGCGCAGCAAUUCUAUACAUCAGCAUACGAUUGUUGGGCCAAACGGAACAAAUAAGACGAACAGUGCGACAGGUAGUAGCUUGAUGGUCUCGUCACAGUUGCAAUCAGCCACAAGCGAUCCUAUGCUAAAUAACAGUACCUUAGCACAACUUUUGACAUCGAAUUCACGCUCGCUGAUUAAGACAAAACAGAGUUCUUCCUCAAGUGCCAUAUCAAAUUUAAGCGUACCAAUGCCUGCCAUAGCAAUGCCAACGGUGGUGGUACCUCCACCGGCGUCAUCGGCUGUGCCUCUUAAUACCAAUAAAACUCAAAAUAUUGGCAACUUACCCACCACUAAAAAUUACUUUGUAACUCCCAAUGUUCAAUGCACGAUAACUACAACGACCGGAACAUCUGCAGAGACCACAUACUCUCGUCAUGGGAUACAAAUGCAGCAAGAACAACGGCAAAAGUCACCAAAGAAAUCUACUUCUCUGCCGACACCGGCAGCACCACAAAUGUUGCAUAGCCCGCCUGGUAGUAAGAUGCUAAGCUAUCCACCAACUGCGAGUCAAGCUGCAGCGAUGUGUACAAAUGCUUUGAGUUUGUCCCCAGAAUCAUUUCAUGACCAAGACUCACCUCUUUCCCCGACACAUAGCUUAAAGUUUCCCAGGGAGAAUCAGAGGCGUGCCGGUCAUAUACACGCAGAGCAAAAGAGGCGAUAUAACAUUAAGAACGGGUUUGAUCUACUGCAUUCGCUUAUACCGCAACUGCAACAGAAUCCCAAUGCCAAACUAAGUAAAGCGGCUAUGCUGCAGAAAGGUGCGGACCAUAUUAAACAUUUGCGUGCUGAACGUAACCAGUUGAAAGAUCAAAUGGAGGCAUUGCUUAAAGAGAGAGACAUUCUUAACAACUCACUAACGUAA